AUGCUAUUCGAAUCAAAGAAACUGGUGGUCCUCGAAGGUGAUGUUACCUUCCCUAGCAUGGGGCUGUCUAAACCCGAUCAAGAAAUGCUCCGUGAAAAUAUCAAUAUCAUCAUUCAUGCAGCAUCUCCGAUCAAUCUAGGGAGGCCACUUCAUUCUAUCUCCCAGGGGAUCAUUGGGGCUACUGAGAUGGUUGUCGAAUUUGCGAGCUCAUUCCGAGCCCUUGAUCGAUUCGUCUACGUCUCCACGGCGUUUUCCAAUGCUCAUAUUCACGAGAAAAGUCCUGGUUCCGAUCUGGUGAUCACUGAGGAUUUCUAUCAUCUGAACAAGGAAGGAAAUCCGCUUGACGAACGGAGCGCAGUGCAAAAGUAUGGAACGAGUGAAACGUACGAAGCGAACGACUUCCCCUGGGCAUAUGCCUAUGCCAAGCAUUUGACUGAGCGGCUACUGGCCCUUAAAUUCGCAGAAAUGGGCGGGGAAGAGAGGCUCCUUAUUAUACGCCCUUCAAUUAUUGGGCCUGCGCAACGCCUGCCUUUUCCGGGAUACUGUGUUCCAAUGUCAUCGCCAUGCAGUGUGGUUGCCGCAGGGCUGAUGUUGAUCCCAUCCUGGCGAUUCCAGAUAGCGACACAAACCCCUACCCCGGAAAUCAAUAACCAUCACGAUGUGGUUCCCGUAGACGUGGUUGUUGAUCGUCUACUCUGUCACCUAGUUAUAGGGACCCAGGGCUGUGUGCACGCGGUCAGUGGAGUUAAGUCUCGGUUUAGCUUCGAGAGAUUGUGGCAAUCGAUCAUGAAGUGCCGCCAGAUACCCUGGGACCUGCGUCCGGUGUGGAUAGCUGAUGGAUGGAAAUCACAUAAUCAGCAUGAGAUAAGUCGCCUAUAUACAGUUAUUGGGACCUCAUUCGCUUUCUCCGAAGACAAGACGGUCAGAAUCAGCAACGAGCUCUCUAAGACGACAUCAGAUCUGAACCUCUUUACCGAAGUCGAUAUGGCUGACCAUAUCCUUGCACAAUCACAGCAUAUACGCUUCAUCAUGGACCGUUUUUCGCAUAAGAGCCUGCUUGUUCAGGUACUAGUCUGGGCCUUUUAUCGCAAUUAUGGCAAACCAUGUGCACACUUGUGA